AUGGCGUUCGAAGACCGAUGCAGCCCGAACCAAGCGAACAGCCCCGGCCCGGUCAACGGCAGGGUGCCGGGAUCCUACCAGAACCAAUACACCUGCACGACCAUAGACAGAUACGAUAGAUCGAUAAAGACUUCCAACUCGCCACCGCCGAGUCCUAACAACCAGAUGGAUUACUACUAUCGACCAGAAACGCCAGACGUGAAGCCGAUCAUUGCAGAACGAUUCGACCCAGACAAAACGCAACCCACGGCGAUCCCCUUCUCUAUCUCCAACAUCCUACAUCCAGAGUUUGGUUUGAACGCGAUCCGGAAGACGAACAAAAUCGAAGGUCCCAAACCGGCUGGACCGAACCAUUCCAUUCUGUACAAACCGUACGAACGGUACCCAAAACACGAUGAUUUCGGUCUGCCGCCCUUGGGUGGGUUGCGUCAAACUGUGUCAAGUAUCGGGGAACAGAUUAAGGAGAGAGAACCAAAGAGUUUGGAACAAAGGAGGCCGGAUUCGGCGAGUUCUAUUGUUUCUUCCACGUCUAGCGGAGCAUCUACCCAAAGCACAGAUACGAAUAGCCAAUCUGGAAGCUCUACUUUAUGGCCGGCGUGGGUCUACUGCACCAGAUAUAGUGAUAGGCCGAGUUCUGGUCCUAGAAGUAGAAGGAUGAAGAAGAGAAUGACACAGGAAGAGAAAAGACCUAGAACCGCGUUCAGUGCUGCACAGUUGGCUAGAUUAAAGCACGAGUUCGCGGAGAACCGCUACCUGACUGAGCGACGACGGCAGGCCCUCGCCGCAGAACUAGGUCUGGCGGAAGCCCAGAUCAAGAUCUGGUUCCAGAACAAGCGGGCUAAGAUCAAGAAGUCCUCGGGACAGCGGAACCCGCUAGCCCUGCAGCUCAUGGCGCAAGGACUCUAUAACCAUAGCACAGUCACGGAGAGUGACGAUGACGAAGAAAUCAGUGUUACAUAA